AUUCGGGCUCAAGUCCCGACACGAUCACGAUCGCUGAUCGCUAGCCAGUCGCUUUGAGCGGGCCGUCAGAGGCGCGUCGCAGCUCGGACACCGUUGCAUCAGCCCAUCAGCCGCAAGAUUGUAAUUGCGGUUCGAUUUUCGACGACCACGAGCUGCUUGCGUCCGUUUGAGCCCAGCGCCACUGCAGCGGAGGACGUCCCGAGCGGACAGCAGGAGCUGCAGGGCCGGCUGUCCCCGCGACCCCUGGAGAAUGGACUGGCCAGCGGAGGGGACCCGGGAGACGGUGCGAGUGGCGGAGGGGCUGGCGGAGGUGACCUGCAUGGGGGCGGACGGCAACUGCCUCUUCCACGCCGUCAGCCACCAGCUGCGCGCCGUGGGCGGGGUCCAGGACGCCGCCGAGCUGCGGUGGCAGGCGGCCGCGUACAUCAGGGCCAACCCCGACCAGUUCGAGGCGGCGUUAGACGCGGCCGCGGCGGACGACCCGCAGGGGUACGCGCCCUACAGGGACGAGGGCGGGCGCCUCGCGGACAUCCCAGGGGCGGCCGGCCGCCUCGCCUCGAGGCUGGAGAGGGACUCCGAGUGGGCGGGCGAGGAGGCGCUGGUCGCGCUGGCAGCGGUCUACCAGACCCGCAUAGAGGUCUACUCCGAGGCGCGGCCAGGCAGCGCUCCACCCUGCCGACCCGUCGACCCGCCCGAUGUGCGGCCGGGGCCCCCGCUCAGGACGCUCAGGGUAGUCUACAGGCUGAGCAGGGCUGGCGGCGGGCAGCGGGUCCACUACGACAGCCUGCAGAGCUGCACGCCCGCACCCGCGGAGGAGGAGGAGGGGAGGUCGACCAGAGCGCAGCCUGGGAGCGGACCGCAGCGAGACCCUCCACCAGCUGACGACCAACCGAGGAUGCCCGAGGAGCUGCAGGAGGUCGUCCUGGCGCUGCGCCGCGGCCCCUUGUCGCCGGGGAGGCUGACCGGCGCGCUGCUGCUCGCGAUGCGGCGGGGGAACGAGGAGCACUUCGUGGAGCUGGGUGCCGCAGCGGGCCCCGCGGUGGGCUGGCCUGCGCUGCUGGAGGACGCGCUGGAGGACGCGCUGGACGAGGCCUGGCGCACGGCCCGCGCGCUCAACCUGCCGCUGAGCGAGGACAUGCAGCGGUGUGUUGUGUCCAACCUUACGCUGCUCCGCUACCAGGACCCGACGAGCGGCGCGCUGCCGGCCGCCCACGCCCACGUGCGGUGGCACGAGCUGUGGGGCCGCGUGCACCUGCUGCUGGAGUACUCGCGGCGCCUCCAGGACGAGCUGCAGCGGCUCCAGGGCCACGACCGGGCGCCGGGCAGCGCGGACAAGAGUGUGAUGCUGGCCAGGAUGUGCGCCCUGGCCGUGCACAACGUCAAGGGGUCCUUCUUGGCUACGUACAAGGACGUGCCGUGGGAGGAGAUGGAGUACCUCCUCGUCAUGUUCAUCGAGGAGCGCACAGUGUUUGCAACCCUGGCCCACGCCGUGGCCACCGCGAGCACCGCGGCCCACCUGCGGUGCUUCAGGGAGCGGCUGGAGAAGUACGUGCUGGUGCACCGCGCCGAGCCCGACCCGGAGGCGGCCAUGAGGAGGCUGAAGAAGGAGUCGCAGAAGGAGAGGGCUGAUCUCAGCAGGGUGGUCGACAGCGCCCUCACGGACCUCAGAAAGGACUUCGCGCUGCUGAGGGACUGGUACUCGUUGAAGGAGAUCAACGAGACCCUGGGCGUCACCAGCGAGGCGCUCAGUCUGCAGGACACCGACUGGGCAGCUUGGGGCUGGCUGGCCCUGCGGUGGGCGCUGUUCGUGGUGGGGGAGAGGGCGAAGUACUCCUGGACCUCACCGAACCUGUCCCCCCGCUGGGCCGUCCUCGUGGAGGCCAUGGCGCCCGGCGGCGUCCUGAAGGUAAUGUCUGCCGUCCGGGACGACCAGGAGCACGGGGAGGAAGGCUCCAACGCAAAGACACUGGCCUUGCCGAAGAAGGCGGAAUCUAAGAGGAAGGAGCUGGCAGAGGAGUUGCAGAAACUGACGAGGGCAGCUCGAGCGGCUCUGGGGGCGGCAGAAGGUGAGGUGGAGUGGACUGACGACAGAGACUGGGAGGGAAAGGAAAGAGUGACGGCAGCCAAGACAGACAGCGACAAAGACCUAAUAGGCGAAGAGCUUCUCAAAAUACUGGAACCGGCAAAACAUAAAGCGGAACCGGAUUUUGAACGAAUAAGUACGUUAGUCCGUAGGCAAAUAGAAUCCCCUUUAGGGCACUUCAGUUUAUCAUCAAUGUCACUUUUAUUUGCACGUGAACAUAUCCCGGAGGCUGUGCCGCGGGUCUUCCGCCUUCUCCUUCACAAGAGCGCGGAGCACACCGCAAGCUUCCAGGCUGAGCUUCGUGACGUCACUCCAUCAGUGAGCAGCCCGCUAGACACUCUGAGGCGCGCGCUCACGGCCCUGGCCGCCGCUCCCGUUGCCCGUUGCCCGUUGCCUACUAUCUUCGCUAUCAACGGAGCUCUGCGGGAGCUCGCGUCCCGCUGGCACGAGCACGACAAGGUGACGCCCACGGACCUACCCUUCUCCCCCGCCCUGUUCGGACGCCAGCUGCGGAACUACCUCAACCACCUCGACGAGGUCUUCAGGUCCCCUCUCGAGCUGCAAGCCCUUUCCACUAUGCUUCACAACAAACGCAUACCGCUGGAGCACGGCGCCAGGCCGCGGCUGCGAGACCUGCGGUGGUCCCGGGCCGAGAACGAGCGGCUGCUGCGCCUCGUGGAGCUGAAGAGCGACAUGUUCCGCUGCGCGAGAGAGGGCUACUUGUUCUGGCUGCAGCGCCUGGUGGAGGACGGCGCCGACGUGAGCGCCAGGGACUGCCAGGACCGCACCCUGCUGCACGCCGCGGCCCAGGGCGGACAGGCCCACGUGGUGCGGUGGCUGCUGGGGCUGGGCGCCGAGGCCGUGGACCCGCUCGCCGGGGACUGGAGGGGAUGCACAGCCCUGCACGUGGCUCGGACUGCGGCCGUGGCGGAGGCGCUGCUCGCCGCGAACAAGACUGCGUACUCAGAUCUCCAACAGUCCUGGACGCCUCUCCAUGCAGCUGCACUGUGUGGCCGCGCCGAGGUGGUGGCCGUGCUGCUCAGAGACCCCCGCGGCCUGAAUGCGGAGUACAAAGGGUGGACGCCCCUGCACUGCGCUGCCCAUCGCGGCCACGACCAGGUGGUGCGUCUGCUCCUUGCGGUCGGCGCGCGCUACCAGGCUAACGCUCAUGGUCACACACCUCUUGUCCUUGCUGCGUACUCCGGCAGCGCCCCCACGGUGCGGCUGCUGCUCGGCGCCGCCCCACGGCCCGAUGACGAGGACUGCUGGAGGGCCGCUGCGUGGGCCGCUAAGCGUGCCCGCGAGGAGGCCUGCUCCGCGUUGCUGGACGAGCUCGAGGCGCGCGGGCUGCUGCAGUGGGGCCCGGAGGCGAGGAAGGUCCUGCUCGAGGCGGGCCGUGGAGGGAGCAGCGCCAUCACGCUGAGGCUGCUGGACCUCCCCUCUGCCGCCCUGAGCGAGCGCCUGCACGACAACGGGAGAACAGUCCUACACGCCGCUGCCCGUAAUGGCCGCGCUGAGCUCGUGCGCGCGCUCCUCAGCCGCGGGGCGGACCCGCUGGGCGAGGAUGCUGAUGGCAACACCGCACUGGACCUGGCAGCAGCGGGUGGCUCCCCGGACACCAUCACCGCGCUGGUGGAGCACAUCCCGGGCGGUUCCCUACAGGCGGCCCUCACGCGGGCGCUGUGUGUGGCCGCACUGAGCGGUGAGCUCGGGGCGGCGCAGCGGCUCGUCCACCACGGCGCGGACGUUAGCGCGGUGGACGGGGCGGGUGUCACACCCCUGAGCAGUGCUGCUUAUUGGGGCCACACCGAGGUGGUGCAGUGGCUGCUGCUGCGGGGGGCCGACCCGCGGCCGGGCAGGGUCCCUCCUCUUCACCAGGCUGCAGCCUACGGGCGGCUGGGCGUGGUCAAGCUACUCGUGCCGCCGCUGCACGCGGGGGACCAGGCCCAGGACGACCCUGGCGGCGAGGAGCCGGGCCCGGAAGACAUCUUACAUGACAGCAGGUUCUGGCUCCUCCUCAUGACGCGGCCGGAGCGGAAGGCCGAGGAGAGCGCGGAGAAGAGGCGCAAGCAGGAGGCGCGGAUGGCGCAGGAAGCGCAGGCCGUGGAGCGCCUCGGGCUGCUGCAGCAGGUCAGUGAGGGCCGCACGCCCCUGCACUGGGCGACAAACGUGAGCGCGCUCCCCGUGGUGGAGUACCUGCUGAAGCGGGAGGAGGAGCUCCUGCGCUACGUUCACUCCCUGCGCAGACCCACCGGCGAGCCCACCGUGUACGCGCGGGACGCUGACGGGCGCACCGCCCUGCAGUACGGCGCUAUGGGGCUCUGCGCGCCGAGCGUGGCCGAGGCACUGCUCAAGCGGAUGGGGGACAAGGUGUGGCUGGCCCGGGGCCACAGGGACCUGCAGGAGGUGCGCGGCAUGGCCGUGGAGGCCCUGGAGAAAGCCGUAACUAAGCCCGGCAGUGGCCGCCUGGUCCGCGCGCUCUGCGGGUGGCUGCUGGGCGAGAAGGAGGAGGACAAGAAGAAGGACAAGAAGGACAAGAAGGAGGACAGACUGUGGGACAUCCGGCUCGCUGCCGUGGCGGCGCUGUGCUCCGGGCCGGACGAGGAGUGGCGCGCAGUGGUGGACCUGGUCAGGUGGCACCUGGAGGCGCUGCCGGUGAACCUGGCGGACCUGCGGCGGUGUGCCGUGCGGGUCAUGCGCCGCUGCCUGCAGCUGGGCCCGCUCGGGGAGAAGGCGCUGCAGCUGCUGAGCCUGUGGGUGCGCGACCUGCGCGGCCUGAGCGAGGGCGCCCGGGACGAGACGCACGAGACAGUGUUGCGGAGGAUAGUCUACGAGGCACUGAGAAUCUCUGCCCAGAGGGGGGACCAGGACUCGGUCCAAGCCAUCUGGCGCUCCCUUGAGAGAAUGUCAACGUAGUAUCUCUGUGACAGCCAACUCCCUCGCGGUCUCUCUUGUCGUGAAACAAUAAGGUGAGGUGGUGAGCGAUCAAGUACUCCCGAGUUCAAACCCAGAAAACAGGGGUCCAUAACUUAACGCAUAAGCGAAUUUUGGGUUAGGUUAGGUUCGUAAACGGCUUGCGUUAUUGGCGUUAUCGAUCUUAUGACUUAUUCCCCUGCACAUUUCUGUGAUUUGUUUAUAUGCAUAACGCUUUAAACUAGCCAAUAACGCGAGAUAUUGAUCAUAACGUUUAGCUUAAAUGUUAAGUUAUGGACCCCUGCCAGAAAACUAAUUUCAUGUAUGUCAAUGUCAAUGUGUGUUCACUCUUAAUUUUUUUGUAUGAUACUGCUUACACUCUAAGCACUUCCAAAUGUAAUUUUUUUAAAUUGUUGAUAUGAAUUUGUUUAAUGUUUAUUUAUUUCAUGUAUGUGUAUGUACUUAAUGUACACUCUUUUGUACCGAUUCCACUGUUAUACUGUUUACACUUUUUAUGUACUAAACAAUCAAUGUUUAAUUAUUUCAUGUAUGUGUAUGUACUUAAUGUACACUCUUGUGUGCUGAUUCCACUGUAAUACUGUUUUUACUUUUUUAUGCUAUAUAAAUGUAUGUAAAUUUUAUUGUGUACAAUAAUUAUAUGUUGAUGUUUCGUGAA